AUGGACUACCUUAUACUUCUCUUUAUUUCCUUUGUCUUGUUGGCAGUCAUUCAUGUCCUUAUUUCCAGCUUAGGUAGAAAAAGCACCAAAUCUCACAAACAAGCCCCAGGGCCUCGUCCUUAUCCUAUAAUAGGAAACAUCUUGGAACUUGGCACCAAACCCCACCAGUCACUUACUAAGCUUUCUCAAACCUAUGGACCUAUAAUGAGUCUCAAGUUAGGCAACAUAACCACCAUAGUUAUUUCCUCUCCCCAAAUAGCCAAAGAAGUAUUUCAUAAACAUUAUCAAAUCUUCGGUAAUAGGACAGUUCCAGAUACUGUAAGAGCACUUGACCACCACCAACUUUCAGUGGCAUGGAUGCCUCCUUCAUCUCAAUGGAGGAUCCUCAGGAGAGUUUGUGUUAACAAAGUACUCUCUUCUCAGAAACUUGAUUCUACACAAGUUCUUCGUCAAAGGAUGGUGCAAGAAUUGCUGGAUUAUGUUAAGGAAAGUUGCAAGAAAGGUAAAGCUUUGAAUAUUGGUGAGGCUUCAUUUACAACCAUUCUUAAUUCCAUAUCAAACACUUUCUUCUCUAUGGAUUUGGCUCAUUACACUUCUGACAAGUCUCAAGAGUUCAAGGACAUCGUUUCCGGUAUCACGGAAGACCUUGGAAGGCCUAAUGUUGUGGACUAUUUCCCAAUCUUUCGCGUGCUUGAUCCACAGGGUGCUCGUGCAAGAAUGAAUAGUUACUUUGGAAAGUUAAUUGCGUUUUUUGAUGGUCUUAUAGAAGAAAGAUUGCGCUUAAGAUCUUUAGAAAAUGAAACUAAGGCAUUCAAUGACGUGCUAGAAUCUCUGUUGGAAGUCAUGCUAGAAGAGAAUUCACAAGUGAGCCGUCAACAUGUUUUGCAUUUAUUUCUGGAUUUAUUUGUGGCUGGAACAGACACAACAUCAAUUACAGUAGAAUGGGCGAUGGCUGAGUUGCUACACAAACCAGAAAAACUAGAAAAAGUUAGAAAAGAGCUUCAAGAGGUACUUGUCAAAGGUGAACAACUUGAAGAAUCACAUAUCUCAAAGCUUCCUUUCCUACAAGCAGUAGUGAAGGAAACUUUUCGCUUGCACCCACCACUUCCAUUCAUAAUGCCACUCAAGUCAGAAGUUGAUUUUGAACUAUGUGGCUACAUGUUGCCUAAAAAUGCACAAGUUCUGGUUAAUGUAUGGGGCAUGGGGAGAGAUUCAAGUAUUUGGAAAAACCCAAAUGAAUUUAUGCCUGAAAGAUUCUUGGAGAGUGAGAUUGAUUUUAAAGGCCAAGACUUUGAGUUGAUUCCCUUUGGGGCUGGAAGAAGGAUAUGCCCCGGAUUGCCAUUGGCUAUUAGGACUGUGCAUAUUGUGUUGGCCUCUCUUCUACGUGAUUAUGAUUGGAAGCUCGCUAAUGGGCUAAAGGCAGCAGACAUGGACAUGUCUGAGAAAUAUGGGCUUACUUUGCAUAAGGCCCAAUCUCUCCAAGUGAUUCCCAUUCAAGCCCAACAAUGA